UCACCACCUGCGCACACCAGGACAACGCUCGUAAAUACCUGGAAAAGCGUAAACAGGGCUUGCCUGACGGCUCUUGGACUCGCCUGCCGUCGCCUUGCGCAGAAAACACAGCAGCAACCGCCCCACGGUACACCCCCAAUCCCGCCGGACUGGUCGAUCAUCAUACCGCCGCCGGCUCGAACACUGUGGAGGCUGGCAGCUAUCACAUUGAGGGGAACAGAAUCUUUAAGAGCAGGGCCUUUUCUCUGCUCCACUCAAGGGAAAGAGAUUGAAGCUUCAGCUGCACGCUUCCCACCCCUGCCGCGUCGCGCAGAGAGAGAGUCGCCGCAAUGGCGCUCUCUGAAGCAACACUCGAUCCCAGCACGCCAGACUUGAUCAACCUUCGAAAGAUCCUCGAAGCCUGCAUAUACGUCCCAGACAUUAGUGAUGCGACCCAAUCGGCGGGACUCUCGCGUGAACAGCGGUUCUGUUUGGCCCUGGAUCGGUUCGAGAGCACGACGAGAGUAUUCGAUCAGUCAUACUACGAAUCAGAAGUGCUCCAAAUAGGCACAACAGAAGACGAGCUGGAUAAUAAGCUUCGCAGAGAAGCGCGCCAGGUCGGCGUCGCGGAGUCGCAUUUCCCCGUCGUGAAGAGACGCAGGACGCAUCGGUCUUCAAGGCAUUUGUCCCACCUGCGACAGUCCACUCAAACGAUAGAUUCAACCGUGGAUCACAAAACUUCGACGAGCUCCUCAGAUCCAUCGGCAAGGUCGUCAUUGCAACCGUCUUCGUUGCGAGCAUCGAUUUCCUCAAGGCCGUCUGUGUCGGCACCUCCGUCGGACAGGACGACGGCGCGACAUUCAACGAGCGCCUCGAACAACACCCACGACCCAACACCUGCCACAUCGGUAGUCUCGUUAAAUAGCACGAGCUCUCAGUCCUCCUCGUUCUCAAAUCGCAUAUUUGGUAAGCGAAGAGACAGUCGGCACAGCCUCACCCAGUUCUUCCGGCGCGGCAGCAGUAGCAGGCCAAGUGGUACUCGCGCAGACAACUUGCCCACGGAUACGUCGCUGCAAUACAGCGAAAAUAAUUCCAAUCAUGGCACAAUUGCAGAGGAACCAAAUCUUGCGUCGCCAAAUUCGCAUGAAUCGCAAGAUAUGUCCUCAAUUCAAAGUCUUUCGAUAUCCUCACGAACAUCAAUCAGCUCCUUUGGCGAGCAGCAGCCGCAUCAAGAUAUCUCCGGCGUAGACAAGGAAUGCUUAGAAAGCUUUAUGCAAACCAAAGCAUUCCGGCAAUUGCAGGCAUUGUGUGAAGAGGAAAUGCACCGGUUCAACAGCUUCGCAACCGACCAGCAUAUUGCGUUGCCACUCAUUCUCGGACGUAAUUAUCUUUACAGCAAGGAGCGGAAGCAAACUAAGCUUGCCGAACUUCGAAAGGAGCACGAGGCCGAGAUCGAGAAGAUGGAAGACCGGCAUGCCGAUAAAGAAUUGAGCUUGCGAGAGAUCCAUCGCGCUGCCAUGGACGACAAAGCUGUGAGAAAUUCGACCGCCAUAAAGCAUGUAACAUCAAGAAUUGCGUCGCUUGGCGACGAGGCAACGCCCGAGCACCAUCUGCGUCUCGAGGAAGAACAAUCAGCUCUCAAGCGUUUAGCGAAGAAGCAUGAAGCCGAGAUGCGCAAUCUCGUUCGAUACCAGGAAGGCAAGAAGCUAGAGCUGCUCCGAAAGCAAGAAAAGGACUUGGAGGAGCUCAGCAAGAGUCUAGAUAAAAGUCUGGAGAAUCAGCGGAAGGAGAAGGCUGCAAAACUUCACCACAAUAUCUCCAGACUCGAUGAUUUGGUCGAGGAGAGGCGCUCCAAACUGGUUGCACGUUUUUUCCUGAGACUGCAGAUCCUGAAGGCGAUGACUAGCGAGACUGCCAAGAUCGAGUCUGCUCUACCGCUCAGUAUCUUAGGACUUCCACCAGCUUUCACCGCUUCCCUUGGGUACAGUUGAGUGUUGAGCCUUCUCGGCCGCGGAACCCUUGCUCCGACCCAUACAUUACUGCUCUCAACGUCCAGGAACCAGCUCGGCCAGUCGAGCCAAAAUUUGAUACCGUGUCCGAGAUGAGAUUAUUUCUGCUGUAUCACUUUGAACCUCCGGCUAUUUUUCCCACACCAUGAUGCCUCCAUGCCUCCGGUUUCGAAAGGUACUCCGAGCUCUUUUCUGCUCCAAACCUCGUAGACGGACAUCGCACGUUGGCUCCGAACAUAUUUCCAUUGCUCGAUCAGCACUUGUACGCUAAGCUCGUACGAUAUUAGGCAAAUUAUUGAGGAUUGCUUCCGUCUGUUCAAUUCAAGCAUGAUGAAGCCGAACGGCUUUAUUGACGCAGAAUCCACGUCGCUGGGAAGAAGACUCUAUGAGCACGAAGGUCAAAAGUCGCUUAGUCGUAAAACCUAGCCUUCAUCGACUUGGCAGCAAUUCGGAAGGCUUUUGGAUGACCAGUGCACGCGGUCUUGAUUUCCUUAAAUGAGUUAGCACAAGAGGAACGCUGAGAUAAAGUCACCAUCCCAGGUCACCAUCCACUAAUAUUAUGGAUUGCCCAGAGGCAGGACAAGCAAGAGAUCAGGACUAUCACAGCGGAAGAUCAGCUGUAGACUUACACAUUCCUAGAUACCCAUAAUAGAAGUCUCCUUUCUUCGGUUUCCU